AUGAUCACCAAGUUCCUGAUCGCCGGGUUGACCCCGUAUAAAGGCCUCACCUGGCGCGAAGUCCCCCCACCCACCGACGAGGCGAUCAAGGUCCUGAAGGCCGCGCUCGAGGCGGGCGCGACCUUCUGGAACGGCGGCGAGCUCUACGGCACGCCCGAGUACAACUCGCUCCACCUCCUCCGCGCGUACUUCACCAAGUACCCCGAGGACGCCGACCGCGUCGUGCUCUCGAUCAAGGCCGGCUUCCCCAACAUCGACGGCAGCCCUGCGACGGUGAUCGCGAACGCGGUGCGGUGCGCGAAGGUGCUGGAGGGCGUGAAGAAGAUCGAUAUCUUCGAGUGCGCAAGGAAGGAUCCGAAUGUCGAUAUUGAGCAGACGGUGGGCGCGCUCGCGCAGCUCGUCACGGCGGGCGUGAUCGGUGGCAUCGGCCUUUCAGAGGUCGGAGCGGAGACGAUACGCCGCGCGGCGAACGUGCAUCCCAUAGCGGCGGUCGAGGUGGAGUGCUCACUGUGGGCGGUCGAUAUCUUGAACAACGGUGUCGCGGCGGCCUGCAGCGAGCUGAAUAUUCCCAUCGUUGCCUACUGCCCCCUCGGACGCGGGUUCUUGACAGGACAAUACAAGAAGAUUGAGGACCUACCUGAGAACCUACGCGAUUUUCCCCGCUUCCAGCCUGGCCUCUUCGAGCAGAACAUCCGCCUCGUCAACGAGGUCGACGCGCUAGCGAAGAGGAAAGGCUGCAAGACCGGGCAGGUGGCUAUCUCCUGGGUCGCCUCGCUGAAUGGGAGGCCCGGCAUGCCACCAAUACUUCCUCUACCUGGGGCCAGCGCACCCGAGCGCGCCGCUGAGAACACGAAGCUUAUCGAUCUGACCGAGAAGGAGCUGAAGGAGCUCGAUGACAUCGUCAAGCGCUGUACGGUGGUGGGAGACCGGUACGGAGGGCCUGGGGCUGCGCUUAUGUGGGGUUGA